CAAACAGACGUGCUCAGAACUUCCGAUGUAAGGAGGGUAACUGCAAAAAUUAUAACUUAUCUUUCUUCAUGAAUAAAUGCAAUGUCUUGCUAAUUUGAAUACGUAGUGUCUCUUCCCUCCAUGAGCCCCUCCUGCACACUAUAUAUGGGUGUUAUUUAUCCCACCUUUUGUCAUGCUUUCGAUUUUAUUGUGGAAGUUUUGAGAUUGAAUUAAAAAUUCACUAUCUUCGUUUAUUUAAUGGAAAAGGAGUUUGGACGUUCAAGGGACUACAUCGGGAUCACUAUACUCGAGGAGGGCGACAGAGACGGCAUUUUACAAACCAUAACUGUCACAGAUGGAGAAUACAAAGAUGGGCGGAACACGACUCCGGGAUGUCCUUCCCUGCACAGUAUUAAUGAACAACAGCACGCGGAGUACCCCGGGGUGCAGGAGACACGUGAGGACGGGGAUGGUUCCAAGUCCUUCUGUCAAGGCCUGUCCCACCUUAUCCUCCAGCGGAUUCAUUUAGCAGAGGAACGACCUUCCGAGCCACAACAAACUGUGGAGAAGGACGGUGGGUUUUGUUGGAUGGUGGUCGUCGGCAGUUUCUUUUCGUACUUCCUGUUUGCAGGAACCCGCAGCAGUAUGGGCAUUGUUCAAGAGGAGUUGGAGAAGACACGGAAAGAGGCCUCCUCUGAAUUAGCGUGGACAGGCUCUCUGGUCAAUUCGCUUCCUUUGUUACUAGCACCCGCUAUCUCGGCUUUGACCAAACUCACUUCCUGUGGAUUUCUGUCGUCUGCUGGCGGAGUGAUUACUUCUGCUGGAUUUCUAUUGGUCACGUUUACCAAUUCUCCCCCUCUGACUCUCGUCGGGUUGGGUCUAUUUCCAGGUCUGGGGCUAGGUUUGAUGAUAAUCUCUUCUACAUUUAUGGUCAGUGAUUGCUUUGAGAAAAAAAGAGGUUUUGCAAUAGCUCUAAGUGUAGCCGGCGGCGGGCUGGGCUUCAUCGUGUUUCCAAUGAUGUUCUCAGUUCUGGUCAGCCUUUACGGCCUUCAGGGAACCCUCCUGGUGUGCUCCGCUCUCUAUCUCAAUGGAAUUCUCUUCGGUUUCAUCUACCGACAAGUGCAAAACCAGCCCAAGAAAGCGGAGAAGGAAUCGGUGUUCUCGGAGAUUAAGAGGACACUUUGUGACACAGAUUCCAUGCGGUCUCCUAAUUGCGUUUCACUGACGUUUUCAACCUUGAUGUUUGGAGUCUCUGAUACCAUUCCGUUCCUGUUUCUGCCAUCGAAAGCGAUAGACAUGAAUCUCUCGCGAGAAUUAUCAGCUAUGUUGAUUUCCACCAUCGGUUUUACAAGCAUCACCGGAAGGAUCGGGAUCGGAAUACUCACUGGAAAAUCACAACAUAGGCGGCUAAUAUCCUUCAUCUUGGCAUUCCUUGUUUGUUCGGCCUCCAUGGCAAUUUAUGCCCGCGCAAAUACAUACAUCAUUUUCAUCGUUGGCAGUUGCUGUUUUGGGGUUUCAACAGGGUGCCUGUACAGCCUACUUCCGGUUAUCCUAAUUGACAUGUUUGGUGUCGAGAAGUUCCCUACCAGUUUUGGAGCGAACAAUCUAAGUUUUGGUGUCGGGUCUCUAAUAGCCGGACCAAUGACAAAUGCGCUGUCUGCGUUAGUGCUGGACAUUGACUUGCCGUUUUACAUCGCCGGGGUAGCCAUGCUGCUAGGAGCCUUGUCUUUAGUCUUCACCAACCCCUCCUUGAAAAGAACAAAACCCACCGCAACGAGUGCUUCAUCUGGCUCGAGUGGGGACCAAGUCUUCACCAUAAGUAAUACGUCUCCUGUCGGGGCACCUGCUGCUUAGAAAUAAAACAAAUGUGUGUGUGUGUGUGUGUGUGUGUGUGUGUGUGUGUGUGUGUGUGUGUUGUCACCUAUAUAUGACUUGUAUCUCACCGUUAAACUCUAUACUAACCAGUUACGUGUACCCAAGACUAUAUAUGCAACUGCUCUGAUUGUGUCCGCAAUUACAUCCUGUAUACGAUUUGAAAUCUGUAGGAAUCACCUUUAUCCGUCUAGUGUACAGUUUUAGUGACAGAGUGAUAGUCUGAAUAUGAUAUGUACUUUCAAAUGUAAUUUUAAAAUCCGUACUGCAAUGAAAAUGAUAUACUGUAUUGUAAUUCUUACAAGGUAUAAAAAUGGACAUGCAGAAAAAAAAUGGGCAAAGUUUCGCAGUCUUUCUAGACAAGUGGCAUGUAACAGUGAAACUGAUAGCCUCGCUCUCGUGUUGUACAUGUGCACCGUCCCGCGCCCCAGUCAAGGCCGAGGAAUGGACAGUGCACUUUAAUGCUGUAUGGCGCAGUGCGGCAACAUAUUAUUUAUACUUCAUGUAUAUCUUUCAUUAUGUAUUUAUAUGGCAGGAAUUUGUUGUAUCAUUUAUCGUCAAUGAGUAGUAAGCAGAGUUAUAUACAUGUAUCAUAAUGACGUUGAUAUAUAACAUUGAUACGCAAUAAACAUUAAAGGACA